AGCGCGUAUGUUAGCGGUGUUCAUUUUAAAGGCUUUUACCAAACCAACUAAAAUCUAAGCACCCCCCACACACAAUCCUACACCCACACAGAAGAAAACCAACAAAGUCUCCGCCAUGAAGAAGAGCUCCACGCUGACCACGACCACGUCGAUGCCGGCGAGUCCGACGCUCUCGGCGCAGACGCUAUCCGCCAGCAAGAUCAGCCUGAAUAGCAGCCGGUGCGGCUCGGCGGCCUCGGGAUCAGUAUCGGGAUGCGGAUCCGCAGCCGGCUCGAUGCGCUCCGCCUGCCAAUCGCCGGUGAGGCCGGGGAGCGGAUGCGUGGACGCCAUCAAGGCCAAGCGCGAGGAGAUCGAGAUGGACACGCUGCUCGAGAAGGCAAAGUUCUAUACCUCCGUGUGCCUUGGUACGACUGCCAUUUUGUCGGUGUUCACAUUCCUCUUCCUGAUACCCUUCGUCGUGGACCCCGCCAUCUCAACGAUCAUAGCCGAUUAUGAUCCAGUGCCGGUGACCUGCAUCGUCAUCGAUCACAUCUACGCGGAGGGCAUCAAGAACUGCAGCUGGAGCUCCUGCCGCGAGGGCUGCACCUCAUCACUCACCAAGUGCCAUCAGUUGUUUGUCAACUAUACGCGCAUCCCGUUCAGCGAAUGGGAGCGUAAUCCUCGGGACCUCGACACGGUCAACUGGGAUGUGAGCUAUACCAAGUUUCUGAUUAACUCAGAGGGCUGUGGCUAUCCGCCCACGACCAAUUGCAGUGUAUUCGCCAGGCAAUACGGGUUCUCACACAUUGGGGAGCCCUUUCCCUGCUUCUACAGCAGGGCCUAUCCGGAGGUGGUCAUCGGUCGGUACUCGUGGGAGAACAACCUGUACCAUCUGAUCCUAUCGCUGAUCAUACCGAACGUGCUCUUCGCCAUCUCGAUCGGGGUGCUCAGCUAUUGGUACUGCCCGUGCUGCGAGAAGGCCUGCAACAAAUCCUCGCGGGUCUACGCCGAGAAGUUCCCGACCAAGGAAGAGAUCGUUAACUGCAUGAAAUGUAACACGGAAAAGUCGUUGUCCUUGAAUGUAUUUUGAAUAUGAUCCAAUCAAUGCGAGAGUGCCUGAACUUUGAUCCCCAGAAAUGUAUUGUGAUAGGUUAAGUGCGAUGGUAUUUGAAUAUAUCCCUGGAUCCCUCGAUCCGGAUUACUUGCACAUAUUGUGUGGCACCCAGUUCGCUUGUCCACUAGAAAAAACAGACACCCACAUCAAAAAGAAACCAAAAAUGAAUUGUUACUCUGAAGUGUCCUUAGCAAUUACUGCCUUCCUUAAUAAUCUCCAAUUGUAGUCGUAUAAAAUCCCGCACCUCAAGGAUUUUCUCUAACGCACAACAACAACAUACCUUUCAAAGGGAAUUUCGUAUGCUAUAUACACACGUUCACUGAAAACCAAAGAAACAAUCAAAACUCACAAGAAAAAUACUCAAAAUAUUAAAGGUCUAGACUCAAAACAAUACAGAUAUAUUACAAAAGGUUUCUUUCAGGUUUAAAUUAAUUAGUUUACCCUCGGGAUCUCAGCAUUUCCCAAUUUCUCUACUUAUUAAACCUAUAAUUAUAUAUUUACAUAUCGAAUACCUUUUAAAUUUAACGAUCUUAUAUUAGAUUUGCUUUAGAAAAUGUUUUUGCAUGCUUUUGUUUUGAUCUAUUAUUAAUAUUUGUUAGUUUCGAUUCUAGAAUGGCAUGAUCCGUUUAUCCCAAUCUACUUAGCAUACAUAUAUACCGCUUAUAUCUGACUAGCAUUGAUUAAGAACUCUGUUCCAAUCGCAUUCCAAUUCUAGCAAACUUCUGUGUCACAGUGACGAAGAUGAUGAUAUGGAAUACUAGCAAAAAUAAUAUUAGUUAAAGCCCUUAACAAAUAGCAAAUUCAACUUUGUAGUCUGUACCACACAUAGCUUACCUAGAUAUAUAUACAAACAUACAAUAUAGAAAUUCCAUUUGCCAUCACAUCGGACGAUAUAUAUAGAUAUAUAUGAAAAUCAAGCGGAGCAUCGCCGAAGGAGUAACUUUUUCUCAGCCAUUUUAUUCGAAAAUUUGCGCUCAAGAGAUUUGUUAACAUAAACUUUGCCAUCAUAUUGUUACGCUAGUUAUAUACGGACCUUUGGUUGGCUUAACUGGCUUUUUUAGAGGCGGCAGCGAUGCUCCAUCUCUCGACUUCGAUUUCCACAGAGAUAAUACCAAUACCAAUUAAAGAAUCGCUUGUUUUCAACAAAUUGUGAUAGUAGUCAUAAAAAUAUUAAGUAAAUUCGUAAAACUAACUAAAACGGAAAGCGAAAACCAAAAAACCAAUCAAACAAACAAUUGUAUAGAACCGAUUCCGCUCCGGGCCGUUAAAAAAAAAUCAAAAAAAUCACGGCAAAGAUUCAUAGAAACGGGGCGGUACGGACUCCCAGAGACCCAGAAAGAUAGAUUUACCACAAGAUACCAGAUACAAUCCAUGGGGAUAAGCCGCGGAACCAAAUUAUUCACUCACAACACGCUCACAUUGGGACACUCUCAACAUUUUUGAAAUAGUUUUAACGAUCUUAUGUAAAAACCAACAUCUAAACGGAUUAUAACAAUAUAUAUACAUAGAUAUAUACGUAUACAUAUAGCUUAGCAGAACCGAUAUAACGCACGUUGCUUAUGAGAAUUUUUUAAAUCAUACAAACCAAACCGAAGAACAAACCAAUUUGAAUGCAAAACGAUUAAAAUUUUUUACUUAACGUGUCUUUAUCAAUAAACAAAUUAAACCAGCUAA